AUGCAGACUGCUUCUACAGACAUUUGUGAAAGACUGUGCAAUAAGUCCAUCCGCAACAUUUCCCUGCUACUAAAUAUUCCACAGUCAACUGUUAGUGGUAUUAUAACAAAGUGGAAGCAACUGGGAACAACAGCAACUCAGCCAUGAAGUGGUAGGCCAUGUAAAAUGACAGAGGGGGUCAGCGCAUGCUGAAGAGCACAGUGCGCAGAAGUCGCCAACUGUCUGCAGAGUCAAUAGCUAAAGACCUCCAAACUUCAUGUGUCUUCAGAUUAGCACAACAACAGUGUGUAGAGAGCUUCAUGGAAUGGGUUUCCAUGGCCAAGAAGUUGCAGCCA